GCGCCCUGCCUGCCCCCAGCAAACACACCACCACACCACCCCUUCCAGCUCUGCUCCACCCGACCAGGAGGCUGGCGUGGCGCCGUUCGUGCCAGUGCCAGUAGGGUCGCCGCCGGCGCGACCGCGGCCCGUCGGAAUGUCGGGCCGCGUGAGCGCCGCCGCUGACCGGUGCUUGGUCCGCCCACCCAGCGCGCGCGAGCUGCUCUUCUCCACCGAACCGAAGGCUGGCGUGGCGCCGUUCGUGCCAGUGCCAGUAGCGCUGCCGCCGGCACGAUCGCGCCCCGUUGGCAUGUCGGGCCGUGUGAGCGCCGCCGCUGACCGGUGCUUGGUCCGCCCACCAAGCGCACGCGAGCUGCUCUUCUCCACCGGCCGGAAGGCUAACGCGGCGCCGUCCGUGCCAGUGCCAGUUGCGCCGCCGCCGGCGCGAUCGCGCCCCGUCGGCAUGUUGCGCCGCGUGAGGGCCGCCGCUGACCGGCGCUUGCAGCUGGAGCGCUUCAUCGCCGACCGCGCCCAAUCGGGAAGCCUCGCCUCCCACGACGCGCUCAAGCUAUUCGACCUAUUGCUUCCCCACGCCAGGCCCGCCUCGGUUACCGCCUUCAACCACCUCCUCACCGCUGUGUCUCGUGCCUCGGGCCGGCACUCCACCUUAGAAUCACAGCUCGGCAUCUCCCUAUUCGAUCGGAUGGUCCGUGAAUGCUCUGAUAAGGUGGCUCCGGACAGGUGCACCUACAGCAUCCUCAUCGGCUGCUUCUGUCGCAUGGGCCGCCUAGAGCAUGGCUUCGCCGUCUUUGGCCUCAUCCUUAAGACAGGCUGGAGGGUGAAUCACAUAGUCUUUAAUCAACUGCUUAAGGGCCUAUGUGAUGCGAAGAGAUUGGACGAGGCCACAAACAUAUUGCUUUGGCGAAUGCCCGAGUUUGGCUGCACACCCAAUGUAGUUUCCUACAACACACUUGUCAAGGGUUUCUGCAAUGAAAAUAGAGCUGAGGAGGCACUUGAGCUUCUGCACGUGAUGGCUGAUGAUCAAGGUCUAAGCUGCCCACCAGAUGUGGUGUCCUACAACACCGUCAUCAAUGGUUUCUUUAGAGAGGGUCAAGUGGACAAAGCUUACAACCUGUUUCUUCAAAUGAUAGAUCGGGGGAUUCCACCGGAUGUUGUGACAUACAACACAGUAAUUGAUGGCCUAUGCAAAGCUCAAGUGGUUGACAGAGCCAAGGCUGUCUUUCAGCAGAUGCUUGAUAAAGGUGUUAAGCCAAGCAAUGGCACAUAUAAUUGUCUGAUCCAUGGAUACCUUUCCACUGGAAAGUGGAAAGAAGUAGUUCGUUUGCUGGAAGAAAUGUCCACACAUGAUCUUGAGCCAGAUUGUUUUAUUUAUGCUUUACUGCUGGACUACCUAUGCAAGAAUGGAAGAUGCACAGAAGCCAGGAAUAUUUUUGAUUCUGUGAUUAGGAAGGGCAUAAAACCCGAUGUAACUAUCUAUGGCAUUAUGCUUCAUGGAUAUGCUACAGAAGGCGCUCUUUCUGAAAUGCAUGAGAUUUUGGUAGGAAAUGUUGUUUCGCCUAAUCAUCACAUCUUUAACAUAAUGUUUUGUGCAUAUGCUGAAAAGGCAAUGAUAGAUGAGGCAGUGUGUAUAUUUGACAAAAUGAGGCAGCAAGGGUUGAGUCCUAAUGUAGUCAACUAUGGAGCACUAAUAGAUGCACUAUGCAAGUUAGGCAGGGUGGACGACGCUAUCCUUAAAUUCAAUCAGAUGAUCAAUGAAGGUGCGACUCCUGACAUCUUUAUUUUUUCCUCCCUAGUUUAUGGACUCUGCACCGUUGAGAAGUGGGAGAAGGCUGAGGAACUAGUUUUUGAAAUGUUGGAUCAAGGAAUCCGUCUUGACGUGGUGGUCUUCAACACAUUAAUGUGUGAUUUAUGCAGAGAAGGGCGGGUCAUGGAAGCCCAGAGGCUCAUUGAAUUGAUGUUACGUGUGGGUGUGAGGCCUGAUGUUAUCUCAUAUAAUACAUUAGUUGAUGGCCACUGCUUAACUGGUAGAACUGAUGAAGCGGCGAAGCUACUUGAUGUUAUGGUCUCAAUUGGCUUGAAACCUAAUGAAUUUACUUAUAAUACUUUGCUUCAUGGCUACUGCAAAGCUCGAAGGAUAGAUGAUGCAUAUAGCCUUUUACGAGAAAUGUUAAUGAACGGACCUACACCUGAUGUUGUGACUUAUAAUACUAUAUUGCAUGGAUUGUUUCAGACCGGGAGAUUUUCUGAAGCAAAGGAACUCUAUCUCAAUAUGAUCAAUAGCAGAACACAGUGGGACAUGUACACAUACAACAUUAUUCUAAAUGGUCUUUGCAAAAAUAAUUGUGUUGAUGAAGCAUUCAAAAUGUUUCAGAGCCUGUGUUCUAAGGGUCUUCAACUUCACAUUAUUACUUUCAACAUCAUGAUUGGUGCGUUGCUCAAAGGUGGCAAAAAGGAAGAUGCCAUGGAUUUGUUUGCUACUAUCUCUGCUUAUGGUUUGGUUCCGGAUGUUGAGACCUACUGCUUAAUAGCAGAAAAUCUAAUAAAAGAAGGAUCACUUGAGGAGCUCGGUGUGCUGUUUUCAGCAAUGGAAGAGAAUGGUACUGCUCCAAACUCACGUAUGUUAAAUGCUCUAGUUAGGAGGUUCUUGCAUAGAGGUGACAUAAGCAGGGCUGGGGCUUACCUCUCCAAACUUGAUGAGAAGAAUUUCUCACUUGAGGCUUCCACUGCUUCCAUGCUUAUAUCACUUUACUCGAGGGGUGAAUAUCAACAACUUGCAAAGUCUCUGCCUGAAAAGUAUCGUUUUCCUCACUGAAGCCUGCAGUUGAGUGUUGACAAAAAAAAGAAGAAUUCAGAUUCAACUGUGCUUAUCAUCUCCAUGUGAAAUGUCAAUUUGUUGGACUGACCACUCUGCCCUGUGCUCUAAUUUUUUGGCCAUGUUGUGUGGUAUGCUUUGAAUGAUGAAAUCCCUGGAGAAAUGUCUUGAGCGUCAAGUUUAUCAACAGGUGAAGCAUAAACAUAUGGCAUUUGAGGCUUCUUCCACUUUCUACUUUUAAGUUAAAAGACCUGUUUGGCUAUGACUGUUUUGAUUGUUGACUUGCUUUGUGAGAUUCCAGAAGUUUAAAUGCCCCAUUACCAGUAUCCAGUCUAGAUGCAAGCAGAGCAGGCAUCAGACAAGAGAUCCAUGCUUGAAAGAGAAUACCAGAGGGCGCUAUGUCUUUUUUCUUUUUGACUCUCAGGUUACUUCAGACGGGGCAGAACUGAAGUGCCACUGCAACAGAAACUGUAUUUCAAGAUGACAAAAAGCGCAGCGGAAUUAGCAUGUACUGACAUAGUUCUAUCUAAUCUUGGUCAUAAUAAUUGUAUUGAUGAAGGGUGUUAUGACAAAGUGAUUAGCAGCAGCUAAUCUUCUUGAUGAGGAGUGUUGCUGCAGGAGUUGGAUGAUCCUUCAUUUUUUCCCCACUAUGGAGAAGAAUCAUCGCAUUGCCAACUCUGUCCAUAUUCUAAAUGUAGUUGCUGGUAGUGGUAGAUCCGUAGAGCAACUUGCAGGUUCUUAUCAAUUAUCAUGAUGUUUGGAUUGUGCAGUUGUGAAUUACUGAUUUUUCGAAGUCGAGAAGAAUUCUACAUUGUAAAGAAUGUUUGACAGCCAUAUAUUAUCCUGACUGCAUCCAGUUAAAGAUGAAGUGGUAAACGCUGCUACAGUAGCUUCGCAUCUUUGAGUAACUAAAGUGGUAGCGAGAUGUAUCGACUGAUCUGAUGACCACAUCUAUCUUGAGAUGAGAGCUGAGGAUUCUUUUUUGGUGAAUUAUGAUCAGCUAGUAGCAGCAAGUAAAGUUGAGAUGUCACAAGUAAAGUCAAAGAGAUGGCCAGAUGCCAUAGAUGCAGAUGGACCUCGAGUUACUCUGAUGCUGAGUGAAACUGUGCAUAUGUCGUAUCUCUGCUGUUCUUUGGAAAAUGUGGCUAGAACUUUCCCCCAUCUCUCUGCAGUCAACUCUCCUGUAAUUGUUUUUCUUUCUUUGUCUUGUAACAUUUUAAUUCUUCCAUUAGGUUGAAAUGCAUUAGCAAAGCUAGUUGGGGUAGACGUCUCUGUAGUUAUUAGGUGUUCAUUGCAAUAGGAACAAUGUGUAAUUAGCAAUAGAAUUCCAUGCAUGCUGAUCAAACCUAUACACUUUAAUUUUAGAGUCUGGGCAUAACAAACAAACAAUAGAUAAAAUGCUCUUUCAAUCUAGUCGUCCUUUUUAAAUACUUUGGCAUAAUACCUUUGAGUGGUAUUUUGCAAGAAAUGUAGGAAAGAGGUUGCGAUCAGAAAUGUUUUCCCUAUAUUUUCGAUCAGUAAAUAAUUCAUUAAGCAUGAUCAUCGCAUCAAAUUGAAGGAGCCUUUCAGCAUUGGCUCUACCCUCGAGGAUGAUCACUUCAGCGGCAUGCCGGCAUCUUAAAUCCUGCAUUUGUUUCCAGGUAGCAUAUGGCACUUGAGGCUUCUUUCCCUUUUCUACUUUUAAGAAAGACCUGCUUGACUAUGACUGUUUUGAAGAUUUUUGACUUGCUUUGUAAGAUUCCCCAUUCUCAGUGUCCAGUUUAAGGAUUCAAUUUCACUCUAGGUGCAAGCAGGACAGGCGUGGGACAGAGAGAUAGAUGUUGAAAAGAGAAAAACAGACGCCGGUGGAGCAAUAUUCAGAUUUCUCUUUUCUUCUUGAUUCCCAGGUUGGUUUUGUAUCUACUGUAAAUACGGUUGGAUAGAUGAUGUACCUGUCAGAAAUGUUGAGCACCAGAGCUAACAGUUAAGCCUAGAGUUAUUACUUGUGAA